AUGCAAACUCCAAAGAGAGUUCAUCUACAAACUUUGCUGCUUUUGGUCUAUUUGGUGCACUUAAGCAAGCCAGUAUGUGUGGAGGCACCCUCAGAGACCAAUGCGGUUCUGGGAAAGAUGAUGAAGUUGACUUGCAUCUCAUGUUUGAAACGUGAGGAAGUGAAAGCCAAGACCUAUGUAAACUGGUACUACAUGACCAAGGUGGAACAAGGUGUUACUCCAGACAAAACCCUUAUAUACAAGUAUGAAGAUGAUUUUCCUAUGGAGUUGAAUGGACCUUUCAAGGGCCGCCUGGUGUGGAAUGGCAGCCAGGACCUUCAAGAUCUUUCCAUCAGCAUUGUGAACGUCACCUACAACGACAGCGGCGUUUACGAAUGCCACGUGCUUCGCGUGUUCGAGUUCGACUCCUUCACUCCGUCAGCUUUUAUCAUGAGGAACCUCACAUUGAAGGUGAUCGAGGAAGCCAGCCCAGACGCCACAGCCCUUUACUCAGAGAUCAUGAUGUACUUGCUUCUGGUCUUCUUGACCUUCUGGCUGCUGGUGGAGAUGGUGUACUGCUACCGCAAGAUCUCAAAGUCUGACGAGUUGGUGCAGGACAUUGGGUGA